AUGCUUGGGAAGGGUGUCUUUGGGGGAGAAGAUGGUGUUGGCGAACAGACGCCAGGGGCGAACCACAUGGGAAACAAGGGCGUUUACGGUGGUGUCGUUGAGCCCGGUCCCUAUUUCAGUGACUGGGUGUUUAGAUGGCGGACGUUGGCAGUUGAUAAAUACCAGGGGAAUAAUGGUGGCGGAGACUGA